GCCGGUAACUGUCAGUCUUAGUCGAACGAGCGACGAGUAACGAGUGUACGAACGAAUUCUAAGUGAGAAAGAAUAACGUGAUCAUAUAAAAUAAAAAUAUACGUAGAGAAAGAUAAAGAAGAAGAAAAAGAAAUUAUUCUUUCUUUGACGAAGAAGAAAUACGAAGAAACAUUGAAAAAAAAUGUCUCUGUUACCACUUAUUUUCUCCGAUUGGUGGGAGGAUUUGGAUCAACCACAUCGUCUCAUGGAUCAAAACUUUGGUUUAGGAUUGAGUCCUGAACAACUUUUGGCUAUUCCAAACAGAAUGGAUAUUCUAAGACAAAGAGAAAGAUUUCCAGCGAGUUAUUAUCGUCCAUGGGCUGAAUUAAUUCGUCAAAAAGAUAAUGGUUCCUCGAUUGUUAACGCUGAUAAGAACAAAUUCCAAGUUGUCUUAGAUGUCCAACAAUUUCAACCGAACGAGCUCGACGUUAAGGUUGUUGAUAAAUUUGUCGUUGUUACGGCUAAACACGAAGAAAAACGUGACGAACAUGGAUGGGUCUCAAGACAAUUUACUCGUAAAUAUAUAAUUCCUGAACAAUGUGAUAUCGAUCAAGUUACAUCGAAAUUAUCUUCCGAUGGUGUCUUGACGAUUAUCGCACCAAGAAAGGAAGUACCAAAGAUUGAGAACGAGAGAACGAUUAAGAUCGAACAUACUGGAAGACCUGCGGUUCAAACUAAAUCUCAGAAACAAGAACAGCAGCAAGAGGAAACUAACGAGGAAGAAACGAAAUAAAAUGGAAAAUGUAUCCUCCUUAAAAAAAAAAAAAGAAUAAGAAAAGAAAGAGAGAGAAAAUUGAACGAAUCAAGUUUUAUUUCUAUUCUCUUAUACUCUUUUCUUCACAUUAAUAGUUCCUCUUCAUUGUUAGAAUUAUUGUUAUAAUUAGGAUAAUACGUUAUACGAUUCUUUUGAAUUGCUAUUUUCAAAUGUCUUUAUGAUCGUGAAGAAAUUUAUUAAACAUUACAGUCUCUUCAUUUAUUAAGGUAAAAUUUGCAAUUAUUAAUCGAAUAUUCAUUCAUCUUUGUAUAAUUAAAUACGAGAAAUAUGUAUGUUUUUAUUAUAUUCUUUUUUAUAUUUAUAAAUAUGUUUAUUUUUUUUAUAAUUUAAUAAAUACACGCAUAUUACUAUCUUAUACGAAAUAUGUUAAUCUUCGAAUUCCCUUUGUUCCUUGAAAAUAUUUUUAAUAUAAUUUCGAAGGUAUUCAAUAAUUGUAUAUAAUAAAAUUAUAUAGAGAUAUUUAAUGUCUAGAAAUGCGUAUUUACGAAUUAAUUUCUUAAAUCGUUAAAAUACAUGAAAUUUACACAAUAGAUUCAAUAGUACAAAAUUUUCGUCUAUUUGUUAAUAGAAAUAUUUUUAAAAGGCUAUGAAAAUGAAGUUAAAUAAUAAAUAAAUUUGUUUCAAAUUUGUGUUGAUCUUUACAAGACGCUCGAAUCAAAACAAGAUUUAGUACACAACGUAAACGUAUAUAAGUUUGGCGGUCAAACGAUCCAUACGUAACAAUGACGAUUAUAGAGCAAGAUAGCAGAAUUAUUUACACGUUCUUCUCCUAAUUUUGUUUUUGCCAAAAACUAAAAAUAACAAGAAUUAAUUUAUCCAACAAAAAUUAUAUAUAUGUACAUAUAAAAUAAAUGAAAUAAAAUUAGUAUACA